CUCUUUAAUACCGUGUUGAAUAACAUCUUUUUUGCAGAUGAAAAGAUCUUCGGCCCUUCGCCAAAGCAUGAUCGUUUAAUAACGUGGACACAAUUUUGUAAGAAUCCGUUGCCCGGUCGAGAGUUCACAUUUUUCCAUUGGUUUCACGAUGCAACGAAACUAACGCGAUCGCAUCUCAGUAAACAAUGGAAUAAAGGGCUCAUCUGUGGCUUCAUUAGUAAGGAUCAAGCACAGAAAAUGCUACUCAAAUGUGCGCCGGGCACAUUUUUGCUACGAUUCUCCGACAGUCAACUUGGUGGUAUAUCGGUUGCUUGGGUUGAAAAAAAUGACGAUGAUUCCUUAACUGUUACACAUUUAGAACCAUUUCUUUCAUACGAUUUCGAAAACACCAAACCAUAUCGGUCGAUUGGCGAUUUUAUUGAACAUAUCAGCUAUUGCACUCAUCUUUAUCCCGAUAUUCCAAAGCAUGAAGCAUUCGGGGAAUUUUAUACACAAGUCAAGCGAAAAUCGUUGGAGGUAUAUAAGGCAAAGCAACGGUUUUUUUGAAUACAUUCAUGCAUAUCUUUCGCAAAAAAAUUCCAACAGCAUUAUUUAUAGUCAUUACAUUUUCGAAUACAUUCUUGUUUUUAAAUUGAAGAUAAAUAAGUUUUGAAG